CAGAGAGAGACGGCUGGGAAAUUCUCACAGAUCUUCAACCGGGGAGAAGUCACCUGAAUCGGAAGGACAGGCGAAGAAGAACAAGAAGCAGCAGAAGAAGAAGAAGAAGAAGAAGAAGAAGAAGAAGAAGAAGAAGAGAUGUUGCCGACAGCCUCGAGAGGACGUGCUUCGUCCUCCACCUCUCGAGCUAAUCCCAUGUUCGUCCAGUAUCUUCGCAGAAUCGUCAAGUGGCAACAAAUGGAUAUCGAAUACUCAUUUUGGCAGAUGCUUCAUCUUUGCACCUCGCCAAAAGUCGUCUAUCAGCAUACUAAGUAUCACAAGCAAACUAAAAAUCAGUGGGCACGUGAUGAUCCUGCUUUUGUGGUGAUCUGCAGCUUUCUUUUGGCAGUUGCAACAUUAGCUUAUUGUGCUGCUUAUGACCAUAGUGCUGCACACGCUGUUUAUGUGACCUUCUCGGUAUUAGUUUUCCAUUUUCUAUUAGCUGCGGUGCUACUGGCCACUUUAUGUUGGUUUCUCACGAACAGUUACCUCCGGGAAGAGGUUCCAAGUAGUUAUGCUGUUGAGCAACGGGUCGAAUGGCUGUAUGCAUUUGAUGUGCACUGCAACUCUUUCUUCCCGGUGUUUGUGUUACUUUAUGUGAUUCAUUAUUUUGUAUCUCCUCUUCUGGUAGCCCAUGGCUUCAUUCCCGUGCUGCUGUCAAAUAUACUUUUCAUGGUUGCUGCAUCUUACUACCACUAUCUCAACUUUUUAGGCUAUGAUGUGCUUCCCUUUCUGGAGAGGACGACUUUCUUUCUCUACCCAAUUGGGGUUGUUAUUGUCCUUUCUCCUAUUUUAAUUUUGAGUGGCUUCAACCCUUCGAGAUACUUCAUGAACAUGUACUUUAGCCACCGACUAUAAUCUGCUGAGGCUGACACAUGGACCGCCCGAAUUUUUGGCUCACUGGUACUCCAGCUUUCAGUACACAAAAAGACGCUUCAGAGUUAUGUCGGGCAUUUGGAAUGAGAGACUUUGGAUUGUCAAUGUUAAAAUCGGCCACUUGUAGUUUGCUUUGGUAGGCUUUGUCUCUUCAAUUUUCCUUUAGCCCCUAAGUUUGAGAUACAAAUUCAUUCUGGGUUGGGGUAGAAAGAACCUUUUGAUAGUUGCUAAGCAAUCUCUUCUCCCUCUCUCAUUUUAUGUAGAAUUGUAUAGUGAACCGAUAGUUGAUAUGCUCCUUCCAAUUCUUCGGGAAGGGUCUGAAUGAACAAUCUUGCCUUGUAAGAUAACUACCAUAUCUUUGCCUUGUAA